AUGCCGACCCGUCUGUCCGAAGCUAUCAAGCAAGAUCACCGCAGGAUCGAGCAAGCAUACCGGUACAUCCUCACGGCAGCUACACAAGAGGAUAAGCUUCGUUGGAGAAAUGAGCUUGCCCUCGAGCUUGCAAGACAUUGCGUUAGCGAGGAACAAGUGCUUCUUCCAGCUCUGAAGCUUCGUCUUGCCGACGGCAGCUCGAGGUGUGAGAAGAACUGCACGGACCGAAAGAGCCUGAAGGAAAAGAUCUGCAAACUGAAAGCCAUCCCCGUUGACGAUGCGAGCUUCGAGCCUCAACUGAAGAGCCUCUGGGUAGACAUGGCCGCCCAUGUUCGAGAUACCGACACUCAAGAUGUCGCCCGCUUGGAAGAAUGUCUCAGCAUCACCGAGUCUGAACAACUGGCUGAAGAGUUCCGCAAUACGAUGUUCUUCGCUCCGACCCGAAGUAACCCGGCCGCUUCACACGGACCUCCAUCGAAGCUAAUAACGGACUUCCUGGCGACGAAGGAAGGUACCAUUACCAACGCGGAUCCUAUCGUUGGUGGAACUCAAUAG